AUGGCAGUACCUGGGUAUUACGAAUUAUAUCGUAGAAGUACUAUAGGGAAUAGUUUGGUGGAUGCUCUUGACACUUUAAUUAGUGAUGGGAGAAUAGAAGCUUCGUUAGCUAUGCGUGUUUUAGAGACAUUUGACAAAGUCGUCGCUGAAACUUUAAAAGAUAAUACCCAAUCUAAACUGACUGUGAAAGGAAACCUGGAUACAUAUGGGUUUUGCGAUGACGUUUGGACUUUCAUCGUAAAAAAUUGUCAGGUCACUGUUGAGGACAGCCACCGCGAUGCCUCCCAGAACGGGCCAGGAGAUAGCCAAAGCGUAAUUUCAGUGGAUAAGUUGAGGAUUGUCGCUUGCAACUCAAAAAAGAGCGAAUAG